AAGCUGCAGCGCUCCCGGUGCCUGCGGGGGCGCGUCCCCGACGUCCUGCAUAUAUAUACUCAGGUGCGCCGCACCUGCUCGCCCGCACCUGCCGCCGCACCGCCAGCUCCCUCUGCCGCGCACCGCAGCCUGGGGCCCAAGGGCCCGCAUACUUUCUGGGGGCCACGCCCUAACGGCCCCUCCACUUCUUUGGGUAGUCUCGGAGCACGCCGGUGGAAACCGCCUGGCCUUCGGGGACCGCUUUUGUCUGGAACCAGUCCUUCGGGCGAAGCCAGUUUCCUCUGCUGUGAGAGUGUCGCUUCACCGGAGGGGACGAUUUGUGUUUACCUCGGUUAACAAGAUUUGUAGUUACCCGGUCUAAAAAAAAAAAAGAAAAUCUUUUUCUCCUCUGGGUGACUUAAGUUUCUAUCCAAAUUUUCUUGUGUUGCUGUUCCCCGGAUUUUUGUUUUUUGUUUUUUUUUUUACUGUAGGGUCGCCCUCCCGGUGCGUCCCAUCUUUUCUGAGACAAGGAAAUGGCUAACUCGGGCCUGCAACUGCUGGGCUUUUCAAUGGCCAUGCUUGGCUGGGUGGGCCUGAUAGCGAGCACUGCCAUCCCGCAGUGGCAGAUGAGCUCCUAUGCGGGCGACAACAUCAUCACAGCCCAGGCCAUGUACAAGGGGCUCUGGAUGGAGUGCGUCACGCAGAGCACCGGCAUGAUGAGCUGCAAAAUGUACGACUCGGUGCUCGCCCUACCGGGGGCCCUGCAGGCCACUCGAGCCUUAAUGGUGGUGUCCCUGGUGUUGGGCUUCUUGGCCAUGUUUGUCGCCACGAUGGGCAUGAAGUGCACACGCUGUGGGGGAGAUGACAAAGCGAAGAAGGCACGUAUAGCUAUGACUGGAGGCAUUAUUUUCAUCGUGGCAGGUCUUGCCGCCUUGGUAGCAUGUUCCUGGAUUGGUCAUCAGAUUGUCACAGACUUUUAUAACCCCUUGACGCCCAUGAACAUUAAGUAUGAGUUCGGGCCUGCCAUCUUUAUCGGCUGGGCAGGGUCUGCUCUGGUCAUUCUGGGAGGUGCCCUGCUCUCUUGCUCCUGUCCAGGCAGUGAGAGCAAAGCUGCCUACCGAGCACCCCGAUCCUACCCCAAGUCCAAUUCCUCCAAGGAAUAUGUGUGAGCUGGGGAGACCAGCCUGCGGGCAAGGUGGGAGGCAAAGGCCUCCUGGUCACUCCACCCCCAAACAUCAUGUAUAGUUAGCUUGGGGGGAGGGCAGUUGGGGGGGGGUCUGGGAGAGGAAGACAAAACAUGGGGAGGGUGUGCUUUUGUACAGAAAUAAAAUUAAGUUUUGGAAAUUA